AUGCUUGGAAACUCUAUCAAAGUCGACGAUUAUUUCGGCAAUGACGACAAUGGAUUAUGGGCGUGGUAUCUGAGCAAUUUGAGACGCGGGAAUUUCGAAGAACUCAACAACAACGAAUUGAAAGUUGCGCUCCUGAAAAGGUUCUUGAACGAACAGCUUCUGUCGGCAACGUUCCCGUUCAACAAAAAGCUGCUGCUGGUGUCUAUCCCAGACGCUAUUCACGAAAAUACAAACCUGCUGGAGAAUUUUUUGCGGGACUAUUUCCAUUUGGACGAUCUGCAGCAUAUUCAGAUCUGCAAAUUGACCCAAGAACAAUGCUACAACCACGAAAAUCAUUACCUUAUCAGCGAUAACCUUAGCAAUUUCAACGAUAGGUCGUUUUUGGAGUUCGGGGCUAAACACAGAUCCGUUCACAAUGAACUGUUACCUCCACCCCCGUCUUCCAACAACCAAACCAGCAUCAUAAGCGGAGAGACCGGAUACGAUUCAUUGCGUUCUUCUUCGGGCAUCCCAAGUCCUCAAACAGAGCCACAACCUUCCACAGUGAUACUGGAAGAUCUGGAUUUCGAUCCGCAGGUUCCUGCCUACCCGAUCAGAUCCGUCACUGUCGAAUUCCCCGAAUCUGUGUGUUCCAGUGAUUGCGAUGUUAGUAAUCCCGACGACAGCCAAUCGCAAGAAUUAUAUGAGGACAGAGGGCUAAACAGUCACGACGAUGACAAUAGCAGUGAGCUCGUCCUCCAAUUCAGACAUCAUAGCCUUCACAGUAGGAAUUCUAAGAAACCUGCAGAGCUUUUGAAAGGCUCCAAUGGCACCCAAACGGGGAACACUUCCUCAACAGGCAUGUCGUCGAUUCGAAGCACGGAUGAUUCGUCCUAUGAGGGCGAGGCAUUAACCCACACAAUUACAAGAGAGGACACCAAUUUAUCAUCGAACCCUGAUGAUGACAGCUUAUCGGAAUUAUCGAGUGUUGAUCACUCCCUAAGAUCCUUGAGCUAUGAUUCUGAAUGUUCUCCAUAUUCUAGCUCAAUGACUUCCAUUUUUCCCUCACUUUCUAUUUCCGAGAAGUUCGGUCGAUUCAGGCUGGUCCUGCAAUCAAUACUUAUACAAAGACCAGAAAGCCGCCAAUUAUUUACAGCGAUUAGGCAGUCCAAUAACGACCCUAAUGUGGCCCAUGUCAACGACGAUUGGCUUUUAUAUGACGACAAAUUUUCCAUGAACAAUUUACAAAUGCUUGCAUUACACGAUGUACUAGAGUUGAACAAAUUCUUUCCCAAAGUUCUAUUCUACACCCUGGUGAUGAUUCAGGACGAUGUAGCUGCUGAUGCUCAAGAGUAUCGUCCAAACAUUUCGCGUUUGUCCCCUAAACCAAACGUGUCCUUGUCUGCGUUAUCAGACCGUACUCUACAAUUGGAGCCCACCUUGAACUCCUCCUUAACUCAAGUAGCCACUUGCAUGAGUGGUCCUAGCUUCGGCACAUCAAUAUCUCCCUUCGGUGAAUCAUCUAGAGACGGCUUUGUUGGCGUUAACGAGGAGGAAGAUGCGAUGGAAAAUGAGGACGUUUACAGAGCACAAGAUCCGCAAAUAUACCAGCUCUAUGCUGCAACUCGUACCAAUUCCAACAAAUCGACUGCCCAUCGGUCGAUUCGAACGGUCAAGAGCAUAGGAGAUUGGGCAUUCCAUCACGACUCUCCAACUAAGCAGCCACUAUCCAGAACCGAGUCUCCAAGUGGAAGUGAUCAGCCUAGUUACAGCGACAUACUCUUGAAGACACAGUCAAAAUCUUCGGCCAAGAGUGGCCUUUCUAAAACUUUCAGUGUCGGUUCUAUGAGCACUGUUGCAAGAGCCAAGACUAUGCCAUCCAUUCUCAAGCCUUUCAGUAGUUUUGACAAUGAAGCCGUCCAUUUGAAGCAGAAGGUGGCAAAGUUUAAGCGCAAGAGAAUAAUAAGACGCAAGAAGGCAGAGCCCAAAUGCGUUAUCAUGUGA